GUGUGCGGGCGCAGCUUCGUCGUGGUUUCGGUUGAGCAUUCUUGGCAGGUCUCGCUCGGUGAACAGGCAGUCGGCCGUCGGCUACAACGAGUGUUUUCAAAAUGUCUGGAGAUUUAUGUUAACGGAAUAGGAGCCGAGCGGGAAACACCGGAGCAGCGUUAGGGUAAAAUACUGUGCCUCCCCUUUCUGCACUGUGGCAUCAAACUUCACAUGCCUCACCUGCAUACUGCACAGCUGAGGGCACAAGAUCUGCAUUAGACUGAAAAUAAUCCAAGAAGAAGACGACCGGUACUGACUCAAACUGGUCCACAAUGGAUCAGUGAAAUCUUUCCCCCCCCUGCCAAUUAAAAGCAAUGUAUUUGGGCACUGUAGGCUGUAGCACAGUCAGCAGAGAGUGUGUGGGGCCCCUCCUCUCCCUCUUUCCCAGCACCCCUCGUGACAUGGGAUGCCAGCCCCCUGCCUCCCUGCCCUGAGCUCUCCUGGGGCGCCAUGAACAACUACAGAGACAGAGGGGUCACUUGCACCUCCUCAGACCUCCUGGAUGGAGGAGGAGGGUUUCCCCAGCACACUGCGUUUCGUCACACGCCCAAUGGCCACCCGGCUCCUGGCCCCACAGACCCAUCCAUCCAACCACGCAUCUCUGUGCCCAAAAUGGGCGUGCGGGCGCGGAUUAAAGAAUGGCCCCCACGCCGGGCGCAGUCCAGGGAGUCACUACUAGAAAAUGGGCAAAUUGUCAGCAUUCACCAUGGAGAUGACUGCUCCACUUCAGUUUCCUCAUCGGUUUUGUCAUCUGACAUCGGGCUGGUGCGGGGAGGGGUUGCCAGGUUGCCACGACGACGAUCGAAGGAUGUCGAGUUUAGAGGAGGGGGGUUUGGCGUUGAGAGAUGUUCACCAUUUAGCCUGAGAGUGCACCCACCACUGAGACAGCGCUCGAACAGUGAGGUGACGCUAAGCGAACAGGACGAAAAUGAGGUGGAGGUUCGUGGAGGUGUCGGGAUGGGAAACCUGUUCAGAGAAUAUGGCAGCACCUCUUCCAUCGACAUCCAAGGCAUUCCUGAGCAGAGCUUUUUUGACAUGCUCAGCCAGUUCCACCAGGAGAGGCCUGACCAGCGCAGCUCAGCACCCAUACGCAUCGGGGAGCUGCUGCGCUCUCCAGACUCGCCACCAAGCGUACCUCUCCCCUCUGCCCCCUCACCUGGUCCCACAGGUGGGGAAGUAAUAGGGACAGGAAGGAAAGACGGAGCUGAGAGAGUGAGGAAGAAAAGUGGAGGGACGGAGUCGUCACUGGGCACCUCCUCUUUGUUCAGGAAACUUAGGAGCUCUAGUCGCAAUGAGCUGGAUGGAGGGAAAGGAGAAACCACUGAGGACGGGGGAGGCCGGGGUUCAGCAGACGCCUCCUACAAACCAUGGGUAUGUCCUAAGAGCUUUGUCCACUUCGAUGCUCAGAGCAUCCUGUUUGACCUCCACGAGGCAGCGGCGCAGCGGGGCUACGCCGCCCAGAGGAGGAACACAGCCACGGGGGCAUCAGCUGCAUCAGUGUCCCUGUCUGUCUCCAGAUCCUCAGCUCCAAGUGUGAACGACCCAGUUUACUCCAGCAUAGAGGAUCUGACCCUGAGCCUUGACCCCGGCUCCAUGACACCCUCCCUGGGCAUGGACCUAAUGGACGUGCCUCAGGGAGCCCACAGCUCGAGCCCACUGCUCCUCUGCUGCCCCCACUUCCUCAAUGAGACUGGAGGCCACGGGGAGCGCAAUAUCAGCUUCCUCAGCUCGUCAGCAGAGCGAGACAGGGGAGGAGACGGAGCGAGGGGUUGGCUCAGGAGGAGUAAUGCCAGCGUCUCAGUGCUGGAGGUGCCUAUUGAACAGCAGGUUACGAGACUGGACAGACUGAAACUGUACGGCAUAGAGCAUGUCGAUCUGGGGGCCAGGUACUACAGAGACUACUUCCAUGGGAAAGAGCACUCCAACUACUUUGGGACAGAGGAUAAGCUGGGUGCUGUGGCCGUAAGCAUCCGCAGGGAGAAACUGGAAGACACCAAAGACCUGAAAGACCAGUACCAGUACCGCCUUAUCGUCCGAACGAGCGAGCUUGUGACACUGCGAGGUUCCAUUUUAGAGGAUGCGGUGGCGUCUACGGGGAGGCAUGGCACGGUGCGGGGUCUGCCGCUCAAGGAAGUCCUCGAGCAGGUCGUCCCCGAGCUCAACGUCUCGUGUUUGAGACUGGCGCUCAGCACACCCAAAGUCACAGAGCAGCUGCUCAAACUGGACGAACAGGGGUUGAGUCAGAAGCACAAGGUGGGUGUUCUGCUGUGCCGUGCGGGCCAGAGCACCGAGGAGGAGAUGUACAACAACGAGGAGGCGUCACCCGCCUUCUCUGCCUUCCUGGAGCUGCUUGGGGAGCAGGUGCUUCUCAAAGGAUUCACCAAAUACGCUGCACAGCUCGACACAAAGACGGACUCCACGGGCACCCACUCCCUGUACACCACCUACCAGGGCUACGAGGUCAUGUUCCACGUGUCUACCAUGCUGCCGUACAUGCCCAACAACCCACAGCAGCUCCUGAGAAAGAGGCACAUAGGGAACGACAUUGUCACUAUAAUCUUUCAGGAGCCAGGGGCUUUGCCUUUCACCCCGCAGAAUAUUCGCUCACACUUCCAGCAUGUCUUUGUUAUUGUCCGUGUGCACAACCCCUGCUCUGAAGGCACCUGUUACAGUGUUGCUGUGACAAGAAUGAAAGAUGUUCCUCCCUUCGGCCCACCCAUCCCCAGCGGCGUCACCUUCCGUGACCCAGAAACCUUUCGUAAUUUCCUUCUAGCCAAAGUUAUCAAUGCAGAAACGGCUGCGCACAAGUCAGAGAAGUUCCACACCAUGGCGACACGAACACGGCAGGAGUACUUGCGCGACCUGGCGGAGAACUACGUCAGCAGCACUCCGCUCGACUCAGCUGGCAAGCUUAACAACCUCAUCUCCCUCGCGUCUAAAAAACGGGAGCGCUCAAAGGCGAGAGAGGGAGCGGAGUUGGGAGCUGCGGGGGCCAUCGCCUGGAGGGUCCAGGCCCAGGACUUCAGUGGAGGUGGGACGGAGCUCCCCUGUGCCUUGGGUUUGUCGGCUGAAUACGUCCUGCUGACAGACUGCUCCACCAAAGAGGUGGUGUUCAACUGUUUCUGUGCGGACGUGAUCGGCUGGACACCGGAGCGGCUGGCGCUGAAGAUCUUCUACGGCAGAGGAGACCACAUCGCUGUGCGGGUACCAGAGGGCUGUGCACCAGACAUUAGAGAGAUGGUGCAGAGGUUAAAGUCGUUGACAGUGGGGUGUGAGACCGUGGAUAUGACUCUGAGAAGAAACGGACUGGGACAACUGGGCUUCCAUGUUCGCCUGGACGGCACCGUGGCUGAGGUGGAGGAAUAUGGUUUUGCAUGGCAGGCGGGACUGAGACAAGGCAGUCGGUUGGUGGAGAUCUGCAAGGUUGCCGCAGUGACGCUGACUCACGAGCAGAUGAUCGACCUCCUGAGGACGUCGGUCACGGUCAAAGUUGUCAUCAUUCCUCCAUACGAAGAGGGGGGGCCUCGCAGGGGCUGCACAGAGGAGUAUGAGAUGAAGACCAUGGAGCAGAAGCCAGAACCUGAGCCUCUGGCAGCAGGCUAUCGACCCCCCCCCCGCCCGACGUGGCGAUGGGACAGCCCACCCAUUCCUCCAGGGCUCCACAGUGCCUCCAACCCGCAGCGCUGGGCUCCCAUGGGCCCCCCACCUCCUCCCCUGCCCCGCUCACACAAGACCCUGAUGCCUGUUCCCUACAGGGAGCCCCAGCACCUCAUCUCUAAGAGGCCAGUGAGCUACCCAGAGAACCACUACAGUCUGUCUCCUGCAGUAGGCGACAGAAUGCUACCCUACAGAAACCCCUCAGCCAGCUUCUCCUCACCGUCCUCAGGCCUGGUUGGCCUCUCCACCAUGGGGCCACCUGGGAUCACACCAGGCCCCUUCGUACGCUACAAACCCUCCCCCGACAGAUAUGGAGCAGGACAGCGCCCCCUGCUGCCUUAUGAGCCCCACCUCAGUGUGGACAUCAACUCAAGCGGAGAGUCUUCCUCAGGCUUCACCAGUCAGGACAGCACCAUGGAGCGCUGCAAAACAGAACCCCUCUGGCAUGUACCAGCGACGCCGUCUAGGGGACCAGGUGGUGGAGGAGGGCAGAGGAGACUAACCAGACAGGAUGUCCCCGGGAAAGACUCUCCAAACAGACACUCGAAGGGCGAGACUCAGUACUCCAGCCACUCCAGCAGUAACACUUUGUCCAGUAACGCCUCAAGCAGCCACAGUGACGAACGCUGGUUCGACGGAGGAGCUGGAGGAGAGCGAGGCAGCGGGGGUUGCCUCGGCGACCCAGCCGACCCUGACCCCGACCUUCUCAACAAGGGGGGGUCUAACGACAGCGGCAUCGACGCCUCGAACCACUACAACAACAAUCGCCCCGGAAACAUGUCCAACAGCCAUUCCCAUAAGCCCAUGCACUGCUUUGCGGCCUACAGCGGCAUCCCGGAGCUGCCCCUGGAAAGGAGCAGCGGAGAAGCGAGGAGACGGGAGUCUUCGCCCAUCAUACCAGCUGCAGCCAAUCAGAACAAAGGGUACCGGACCAGGACUUUCCCUCCUCCAGGCUCCAGCACUGAUAAAAUGGAUGCUUUCAAACCCAGGGCAUACACACCGCAAGGUUACAGGACUCCGACAGCUGAGAAAGCCCGGCCCAUCCGAGCCGCUACGACAACACCCACUUCAGCUCAGUUAAGCACUAUCCCUUUGUCCAGUUCCGCCCCAAAAGCCUUUUAUGGGAAGAGCAGACAACCGGCCUGGCAGAACGGCGACACCAGCCCGUCACCUUUAAACUUGACCACCACAUCCAGCUCUGACAGCAGCAACAGCAAGAAGCAGGUGGAUACGAACGCAAAGAACGUGUUUGGACAACCUCGGCUCCGAGCCUCGCUGAGGGACCUGCGUUCUCCCCGACGGACGUACAAAAGCACCAUCGAAGACGACCUAAAGAAACUGAUCAUCAUGGACAACCCGGGGGAGGCGCCACAAAGAGAUCCGUCUCCCAGACGAACCUUGCAGCGCACCUUUUCAGAUGAGUCGCUGUGCAGCGGGCGCAGAGAGGCCAGCUUCGCCAACUCGGAGAAGCCGGCAGCGCCCACUGACGUACUGUUCACGUGCACACUGCCCACACGCAGACACGCCGUCUCCUCCAACCACAUGCAGAGCAAGAAGGUGCCUCUGUCUGCCUCGGAGAUGUCUCUCACAGAAGUUAGAGACAAAGUUCCCCCCCUGAGGAGGCUCGAUCCCGGGCUGAUGCCUCUCCCUGACACAGCCUGUGGACUCGAGUGGUCCAGCCUGGUCAAUGCUGCUAAAGCCUACGAAGGUGAGGAUGGAGGCACAUCCGGAUUAGCUCAAAGAGCAGUUUCCCUCUUCUCACUGACCGAGCCGCAGGUUGGAGGUCCAGACAUGAGACCAGUGGUCAGUCCAGUCCAGUUUCAGACUCCUCAGACACCUCGGACCACACCGACCUUAAGCGGUGACGAGGUGCCCAAUGAUUUGUCUGGUCGGCUCCACCACCUGGAGGUGAUGUUAAAACAGCUGAACACUGAUCUGGAGAAAGAGAAGCUGGAUAAAGUUGUUCUGCUGGCAGAGAUGGCCAACCUGAGAGAAAAUAACCAGCGGCUGCAGGAGGAGAGCCACACAGCCAGCGAGAAGCUGCGCAAGUUCAGGCUUUUUAAUAACAGUGACAAGACCGAGAGUGACCACGAGGCUCAGUCCUUAACACGCGAAACUGACUUAAAGCGGGAGUGAUACCUGCAGGAGAAGCUGAAGAGAUUCAGGCCACAGAGGGAGGAUUACUGUGAGAGUACCCAUGACUCCUUGCACACACGAGCGGCGGCAGAGGUCACAAUGAUGUUACCUCAUUUAGCUUCCACUGGACUGCCUUAAACCGUAGAGAGAGCAAGACAACAGACGCGUAAUUUUUAAGAUGCAACACUCCCCAGAAAGUCUCACCAAGCCUGCGCACAGACGGAGCAGAGACCUUCCCUCUCUAGUCUUUGAGCCUGUUUAUUUUUUUAAACUGAAGUCUUAUACUUGUCAUAAAUAUAUAUGAAUACAUAUGCUAUGCCAGACAAGCGAGUCGGAGAGGAAACACUGCAUCACCUGGAGAGGCCUAAUACUGUUCCUGCAGCGAUAUCAGCCAAAAAAAGGACUCAUUACAGACUGCAUCUCCCAGAAUGCACUAGAAGUAAUGAAGCGCUACAGACAUGGUACUGUAGAUAGAUGCCUGUGUGGUACAAUUCUCAUGUAUCAAUAUUACCUAUAUUGUACUGAUGUCGUACUAAAGAGGUGUGUGUGUGUGUGUGUGUGUGUGUGUGUGUGUGUGUGUGUGUGUGUGUGUGUUGUGUGUGUGUGUGUGUUGUGUGUGUGUGGUGUGUGUGUGUGUGUGUGUGUGUGUGUUGGUAACUAGCCGAAUACUAACAGUAUGGCACAACAGUGCCCCACACACGCAUCUGUGCUCAAGGCAAGAUGCCUUUUAUUACCCUUUGGUGUGAGAGAGAGCGAGAGAGGUUGAAUGGAAUGGUCUGCUAUUGGACGUUUUGAGUGAUGAACAAACUACUUUUUUACUUUAAAAAUAAAACUUGUGGGCCACAAUAUUCUUCUUUCCUCCGUUUACAUGGAUGAACCUGUGGCCCUUUAGAUGUGAAACAAGCCAUCAGCAUGUUGAGUGAGUGGAAAUGGUCGAUGUCAUGAAGCUCAGUGAUAUCACUAGUGAAAUAUCUCUAAUGUAGUGCAUUGUUUUGAAGUUUUUUUUACUGUUUUCAACAGUGCCGUAUCAUCUCAGAUCUAAACGUACUGGACAAUUAUUUUAACCUUGUCGUUAUCACAGUAUGUCUUAAAAAAAAAAAAUCAUCUUUUUUUUUUGAUAUGUAAAGCUGUAGUUGUGCACAUUUUGUAUUUGCUUUGUGGCGGAGACUUUCCAUUAAAUAUAGGCUUUAGCCAGCAAUCGGUUAUGAGCUUAGCAUGACAAAUGGACACAGAUGAAGACAGCCAGCCUGGGCCUGUCCAGAGGUAACAGUCUGCCUAGCAGCACCUGUAAAGCGCACUAAUCUACACAUUAUAUCUGAUUAGUCUAAUCUCAAAACAAAAAACAUGUUGUAAAAAGGACAGCAUUUUUAACUUCCAGGAGUAUCUGCUGGUUGCCUGGCAACUGGUCCAUGUUUUACACUAAAUUCUAUAGGCCAUCAGCUUCUGUGACCUGAUUAGCAAUUUGAUCUUGCCUCUGAAAACAUGUUUUAAAUACAAACCUAGUAUUUAGAUAUAAAAACAUGUUAAUCAGUGAGCUGAAGAGGGGCUGGUAAGUGGACUUGCCAUUAGGCUGAGCCAGGCUAGCUACUGCCCCCUGCUAAGCUAACCAUCUGUUGGCUGUAUCUUCAUAUUUAACGGACAAACUUGUCAAUCUUGUCAUCCAACUCCCCACUGUAAAGUGAGUUAUGGUACCCCUCACCAUAUCAAACGAUUCUUAUGAUAACGUCGUCUUUGCAUACUAAUCCCAGCGAAGCUGCCACCAGUAACGUCUGCUUUUAAACAUUUACUGUACACGAGACUCACUCGACAACACUGAAGCUCCUUCAUAUCAGAACCAGUCUGUCUGUGUGUAUGAGAGGAUUUGUCCCCGUGUUCUGUGAUAUCCCUAAUGAACACAAAAGACGUUAUUUAUACUGCUAGCUUGCUUAACACUAUUGUCUACUAUAUCUAUUUUUCAUACAAAAAUAACGUGUGUGUUUUUGGACGCUGGUACUGAAUGGACAAUACGUCCCUGCAGGUGAUGACCCUUAAUCUCCCUGUGUCAGAUUAGAUAUUGCUGAUUUAAAUUGUACUAAAUGAUCAUGUCCCGCUUGGCCCUGUAGGACAGCUACUUCUCUCUCAUCAGGAGGUUUCUUCCCCGGUCUGACUGGAACUGUUGAAUAUUUAAAUCCUAACUCACUCAGGUUCUUCAAGAUGCUGUUAAUGACACUAAACCAUCGGUUAGGAGCGGGCGGCGUGACGCAUUGUAGCCUGAGACAAUGUCACUUUGUGUUUUGCCAUACUGUUUAUACCGUUGUAGUUAUCCCUUUAAUAUCUCGGGGCCCAUUUUAGACAUUUUUUUGCAAAUCAAUUAGCAGGACAGUUUCAUGGCAACCAUGUUUACAGGUAUUUAGUUUGCUUUUCCUAAAACAGACAAUUAUAAACAGUUUCUCAAUUAGAUUUUUCCUAAAGUUGACUAUACUGAUGUCUUCAUAUAAAAUGAUUUAUGCUGUGACAAAGGAUGUUAUCCUUAUCACCCACUCCUAUCAAAAAUACUUGGUCCCUGACACAAGGGGGCGACGCGUGUUGCAGUCUGACUGAGCUGGACAGAAAACUUGCCAUUUCUUCAUGGUCCCACUUCCUUUAUUCCUCUGCAGCCAGUUCAAGUCUCAACUUGGCCUGCGUAACUUUGAUACCGGUAACGUUUAUACCUUUUUGUUAGGAUCCGGACUUUCUCACAAAUAGAUUCAAGCUAAGAUAAGGUUCAGAUUUUCCUCAAAAACCAGCUGGUUUUAGUUCCUGCUUGGACAUUUUAGGUUCAAGUGGUCCUUCUGUAGGAAGUCCUUCAUCCAUGCAGCUUCACAGGCGUAGCUGUGACCUUACUAUCUUCAACUCUCAUUGGUUUGCUUAUGUUUAAGGGGCAAUGUUUCUUUUUUAUACAGUAUAUAUAAAGAUUGAUAAUGUUAUGUUACGCUAUUUAUAGCAUACACAGUGAUCCCUGUUGAACAAAUUAAUGCUUUAUGGUUAUUGGUAAUAUUGUAUACCUAGGUUGUUGUUUUUUUUAGAUGUUAAAUAUUUUGAUAAUUUAUUUUUUAACACAUUCCCACUGUUGCAGACAAUAGUGACGAUGAGAGGGUACUGUUUUAUUUGUGUAUGCCGUAUUACUUCUGAUCUCUGUACAAACUGAUUGGUAUGAUCCCUCGUUGUUUUCUAGCUUCUUUUCCCGUUUGUGUGUCGACCGGGGCACACGAUGCAUAGACUACAUGUUUUGGUUGGACAUUGUUUUCUUUGGGUUGUAAUAACUUGUACAUUUAAAAGUGUAAAUUAUGUUUUCAUUAUUUUAUAAAAAAUAUAUUAAAAAUGAU